CCACAGCAACAUCCAAGAGUCAAAUGUACUGCACUUUGCAUCAGCACUUUGAGCUGUGCAGAUACCCCGGAUACACGUCCUUCUUGUUGCUGCCCUCUGAGAGACAAGACACAACGGAGCCACAUUAAUUAAAAGGAAAGAAUCCACAAGAGGACGUUUACAAUUAAUAACAUCAAAGAAGCUCUCAUCUCUCAUAGCUGAUCUCCAGUUCCAUCAGAAAAAGAACCCCAGCUCCAAACAAGAGGAAAAAGUCAACUAAAGUCAUCAUGGAGAUAAAUCCAUCAAGAGAAGGAGAGGUAGAAACCUCCAAACUCAAUUUAGGGAAAAAGAUCAGUGUUCCCAGAGAUACCAUGCUGGAGGAACUAUCCUUGCUCAGUAACAAAGGAUCGAAGAUGUUUAAGCUUCGUCAAAAGAGGGUGGAAAAAUUUAUCUAUGAAAACAAUCCUGAUGUAUUUUCCGACAAUUCCGUGGAUCACUUCCAGAAAUUUAUACCAACUGUCGGUGGGCAUUUAGGGGUUGGAGGACAGACAGGUGUUGGAGGAGGUGGCUAUGGUUUAUCACAUGGCAGUGGUCAGAUGUUGUCCAGUAUUUCAGGGGGACAACAUGGAUCUGGGGGUCAGCAACCUCCUGUACCCCCACCAAAGCCUGGAAGUAAGAGUGCUCCUGGAGGCCAGUCUGGAACUGGUGGAAGUGGUGGACAAGAUUCAGGGGUCGUUGAUGGUACUGAAGGAAAAGAAGGCCAGUCAGGUCAGCAGGAUGGAGGAAGCACAAAGCAGGUCACUGUCUUUAAGACAUACCUCUCACCCUGGGACAAGGCUAUGGGUGUUGACCCUAAGCAACCAACAAAUAUUAACGUCAAUUUACUAGAGUAUGACAUAAAGGCAGAACUUUGCAAAUAUAAGUCAUUUAACAGGAGUGCUAUGCCUUACGGUGGGUAUGAGAAAGCAACCAAGCUUAUGACUUUCCAGAUGCCAGAAUUUGAUGCCUCACCUGCAGAACCUGAGCCUGUAGUUGUCAUCAAUCAAGAUGUCACCAACAGACCUUCUUUCAACAAGACCCCGAUUGGAUGGCUAGGAUCUGGUGAUAACACAAACUACAUCAUUGAUAUUGCUGUGCCUGUGGAUGGAGAAACAGAAGAACUCUAAACUCAUACAUCCAAAGAACCUGCAGCCUGUUGGUGUAUGAAAACUGAAAUGUGAAAAGUUCCACUGGCCUCUGUAUCAUAACAUAUUGUAAACACAUUGGUGGUUGAUCCCUGAAAUAUCUGUGAUACAAGCAAUGCAUUGCAGUAUGCUGUGAUGAUUUAGCAGUCAAUGGCCCAGGUCAUACUUAAACCAUCCAAACCAACUCCCUGUUUAGAAAAUGGGGCAGAUCACAUAACAACCAACUAUGCCACACUCUAAUGUGCCUUGUAUUAAAUGCAGCCAAGCUCCUUUAAGUAUGUUUAUGAAAUAUUUUUUGUUAUGGUGGUAUUUGUUCAUUUGAAAGUUAGUCAGAGUUGGAAUUGGGAGAGGAAAAUGGAAUAGACAUGGUAGGGUAGUGGAAGGGAAGGGAAAAAAAAGCUUCAUGUUUUGUGCACUGUGGCAGCGAUAAAAAGGACAGUCUCCAAAUAAGUCAUGCUGUAUGGUUGAUUUUUUUUUCAUUAGCGCAAUAUGUUAAACUGAAUAAACGUUUACAACAUCAAA